GUUCGCUCCUUCGAUAACACACGCAGCGAGACGAUACAGUUUCAGACUCCUCUCACGCUAAUUGUCGGCUACAAUGGAUCAGGAAAGACGACCAUUAUCGAGUGUCUCAAAUAUGCUACCACCGGUGAUCUUCCUCCCAACAGCAAAGGUGGUGCCUUCAUCCACGAUCCCAAAUUAUGCGGCGAGAAGGAAGUUCUUGCCCAGGUAAAGCUGUCGUUCAACGCAACAUCUGGCGCAAGGAUGGUUGCCACACGCAGUUUGCAGCUCACCGUGAAAAAGACGACAAGGCAACAAAAAACGCUGGAGGGGCAGCUUGUGAUGGUCAAGAAUGGCGAGCGCGCUUCGAUUUCUUCGCGGGUCGCGGAAUUGGAUCAGAUCAUGCCGCAGUACCUGGGCGUCUCAAAAGCUGUACUGGACUCUGUGAUCUUCUGUCAUCAAGACGAGAGUCUUUGGCCGAUGAGCGAGCCAUCGGUACUUAAGAAGCGUUUUGACGAGAUAUUUGAAGCGAUGAAGUACACCAAGGCCAUUGACAACAUCAAAGCUUUGAGGAAGAAACAAAAUGAAGAACUCGGGAAAUAUAAAAUCAUGGAACAGCAUGCAAAAGAAGACAAGGAGAAAGCCGACCGAGCCGAAAAGCGAUCCAUCAAACUCCAGGACGAGAUCGAGGCGCUCCGAGAAGAGACACAACAAAUGUCCAGGGAGUUGCGACGUGUUGCGGAACUAGCCGAUAAAGCUUGGAAGGAAUCCGAAAGUUACGCGCAAGUCCUCGGCGCUCUGGAAGGCAAGCGUAUCGAGGCAAAGAGCAUUGAGCAAACCAUCGAAAACCUCAAGAGACACCUCGUUGAGCUCCGUGAAUCCGACGAGUGGUUGCGAUCCAACCUUGAGCAAUUCGAAACAAAACAGCUCCAGUACCAGCAACAACAGGAGUCUCAGAAGGAGACCUACAUGGAACUCAAAGAAAAGAUUGACGCUGCACGACAUAGACUGGGUCUGAAGCAGGCCGAGAAUGGAAAACACGAAAAUGACAAAGCCAACUACGAGCGUCAGCUUCAGAGGCGCCAAAAAAUGAUUAAUGACACCGCUCGUGAUAAUAAUAUUCGUGGUAUCGACGACGGCAUGAGCCAGUCAGAGAUUGACGAAUUUAUGCAAAAGAUCCGACGUCAACUACGAGAACGGAAUCAGGCUCUGGAGCGCAUGAAGCGGGAAGCCCAGCGCGAGCUUCGUGGGGUACAAGAUACUCUCAACGAAAUUGGACAAAAAAAGUCUGCGCUACAAGAGACAAAAAAUGCUGCGAGAAGACAGAUAGCUGCCAACGAUAAGGAAGCGUCUCUGCAUCAAGGGAAGAUGAACGAAAUAGAAGUGGAUGAGGGUGUCCAAGCAGCCCUGGAGGCCAAGAUCGAGGAAACCAAUGCCGGUCUCGAGCAAGCCAAGGAGCAGGCCAAGGCAGCUUCAUGGGACCAGCAAACCGAAGACAUCACCUCUCAGUUGCAGCAUCUUGAGGAUCAAGGUUCGAAGCUGAACACCGAGCUCAUCGAGUCUACGAAGAAGGCAGGUGACCUGGCUCGUUUGGAUCACCUCAAAAAAGAAUUGAAAGACCGAGAACGUGCUCUACAAACAAUGAAGAGCGCACAUGGUGAACGACUGUCAAAGGUCGUUGGUCCUGACUGGCUACCUGACACGCUUGAGAAAGACUUCCAACGAGAGAUUGAUAGUCAAUCAAAACAGGUCGCCGAUGUGGAGCGCUCUCGUGACAGUGUCAACCGUGAACUCGAGCAAAUUGAAUUCAAGUUGACCAACGCCAAGAAGACUCUGAAACAGCGGAGAGAUGAGCUGAACGACUGCGUCAAGGAGAUCCGGCAAGCUAUUGAUGCUGAUCCAACAGACUACCCCGAAACCGUCAAGGACCGUCAGGCCCAGUAUGACAUGGCUCGUAAAGACGCCGACCAAUUUGCUGGUAUGGGAGAAUACCUCAAUAAGUGUCUCGAUGCAGCAAAGCGAACCAAGAUGUGUCGUACAUGCCAGCGAUCUUUUAAGAAUGAGACAGAGCUUCAGACGUUUACGAGGAAAUUGGAAGCUCUAGUCAAAAAGGCGGGAUUGGACGCCGAAGAUGAGGCUUUGCAGGGAAUGGAGAGUGAUCUCGCAAUGGCUCGCGCUGCUCAUGGGUUCUAUGAGCAGUGGUUGCGCCUCUCCGAGACUGAGAUCCCAGAACUCGAGAAAGAGGAGCAACGCUGCGACUCGCAGCGGGAUGAACUCUUGAAUAGACUGGAGAUGCAAGACCGCACAGUCAGCGAGAAGCAGGAGAGCAAAAGGGACGUCGAGACACUCGCAAAAACAGUGGCGACCAUCUCCAGAUAUGAUAAUGAGAUCAAAAAUCUCUCGUCUCAGAUUCAAGAGCUCUCGGCAAAGCACCAAGACGCGUCGAUGAGCCGCACAUUGGAGGAUAUUCAAGAGGAGAUCUCAGCCAUCAACGAGAAGUCUCGGGCUUUAAAGAAGACGCACGCCAAGCUUACGCAGGAAAAGGAACAGUCUCAAACCCGGAUCAAUAAGCUCGAGCUUCAGUUGAGAGACGUUCGUGCUAGUCUCAGCACCACAAAGUUCCAGCUGGAAAAGAAGGCUGAUUUGCUGGUCCGCCUGGAGGAAUACAAGAAGCUUAAUGCUCAGCAACGUGAGGCUAUUGAACAAGCCGACAGUGACAUUGAGGCUUUGACACCCGAGUUGCUUCAAGCACAAUCACGAUACGAUGACAUCAGUCAAAAAGCGGAAAUUCGCGAAAGAGACUUGCAAGCUGAUAUCAAUAGACUUUCUGACAGUAUCCACCAGUUGGACCUUGCCAAUGAGGAAAUCAACUCCUACCUUGAGCGAGGAGGUCCUGCUCAACUGGAGCGUAGCAAAGAAGAGCUGGUUCAUCUUGAGAAUGAGAUCCAAAAAUUCGAAAGUGCACAGGCCGAGACCACAAGAGAGAUCAACAGGAUCUCUACCCAGCUCAAAGACAGCGAGAACACCAAGCGGCAAUAUUCCGAUAAUUUGACGCACCGUCAAGCCACACGAGGCUUGAAAAAGGUGCUUGAAGAGAUUCAGGAGCUGGAAGAGCAAAAUGCCGAGGUCGAUCGCAGCCGGUUCAAGCAGGAGUCAGAGCGAUGGACUCGCGAGCACAACGCACUAGCCGCGAAACAAGCCAGCAAGAUGGGUGAAAUGAAGUCCAAGGACGAUCAGUUGAUGCAACUAUUGGCCGACUGGGAUACAGACUACAAAGACGCGGCAAGCAAGUACAAAGAGUCGCAUAUCAAGGUCGAGACUACAAAAGCUGCAGUCGAGGAUCUUGCACGUUACGGCGGUGCUUUGGAUAAGGCGAUCAUGCGGUACCAUAGCUUGAAGAUGGAAGAGAUCAAUUCCAUUAUUGGCGAACUCUGGCAAAGAACCUACCGCGGAACUGACGUUGACACAAUCCUCAUCCGAUCGGACAAUGAGAAUGCCAAGGGUAAUCGGUCCUACAAUUAUCGUGUCUGUAUGGUCAAAUCCGGCGCCGAGAUGGACAUGCGUGGCCGUUGCAGUGCCGGUCAGAAGGUCCUGGCCAGUAUCAUAAUUCGACUUGCCCUUGCUGAAUGCUUUGGUGUGAAUUGUGGACUCAUCGCUCUCGACGAGCCGACAACUAACCUCGAUCGCGAUAACAUUCGCUCUCUUGCUGAGUCGUUGCACGACAUCAUUCGCGCCCGUCAACAACAGGCGAACUUCCAACUAAUUGUCAUCACGCACGACGAGGAAUUCCUUCGUCAUAUGCAGUGCGGUGAUUUCAGUGAUUACUACUGGCGUAUUUCACGCAAUGAAAAACAAAAGUCAAUCAUCGAAAGGCAGUCUAUCGCUGAGUACGACGAGGAAUUGGUGGUCAUUGUAGGACUAUAG